GUUUUCUUAUAAGAGACAAUGACUACUGAUGAAGGCACCAGUAACAAUGGAGAAAACCCAACAGCCACAGUGCUUGAGCAGGGAGAAGAUAUUACUACCAAAAAAGAUAGAGGAGUACUGAAGAUUGUCAAAAGAGUGGGGAGCAGUGAUGAGGCCCCGAUGAUUGGCGACAGGGUCUAUGUCCACUACAAAGGAAAGCUGUCAAACGGGAAGAAGUUUGAUUCCAGCCAUGAUAGAAAUGAGCCGUUUGUCUUUAGCCUGGGCAAAGGCCAGGUAAUCAAAGCCUGGGACAUUGGCGUGUCUUCCAUGAAGAAAGGAGAGGUCUGCCACUUAGUGUGUAAACCAGAAUACGCUUACGGCUCUGCAGGCAGCCUCCCGAAAAUUCCCCCGAAUGCAACUCUCUUUUUCGAGAUUGAACUUCUCGAUUUCAAAGGAGAGGACUUAUUUGAGGAUUCAGGCAUCAUCCGUAGAAUCAAACGGAAAGGAGAAGGCUACUCCAACCCAAACGAAGGGGCAACGGUGGAGGUCCACCUGGAAGGUUGCUGUGGCGGAAGGAUGUUUGACUGCAGAGAUGUGGUGUUCACUGUUGGCGAAGGAGAGGACCACGACAUUCCAAUUGGGGUCGACAAAGCCCUGGAGAAAAUGCAGAGGGAAGAGCAGUGUGUUUUAUAUCUGGGGCCACGAUACGGUUUUGGUGAGGCAGGGAAGCCUAAAUUUGGCAUUGAGCCCAAUGCCGAGCUUACGUAUGAAGUUACGCUUAAGAGCUUCGAAAAGGCCAAAGAAUCCUGGGAGAUGGACACCAAAGAAAAGCUGGAGCAGGCGGCCAUUGUCAAAGAGAAGGGCACUGUGUACUUCAAGGGCGGCAAGUACUUGCAGGCUGUGAUUCAGUACGGGAAGAUCGUGUCCUGGCUGGAGAUGGAGUAUGGCCUAUCAGAGAAGGAGUCAAAAGCCUCUGAAUCGUUCCUGCUUGCAGCCUUCCUAAACCUGGCCAUGUGCUACCUGAAGCUCCGAGAGUACACCAAAGCUGUGGAGUGCUGCGACAAGGCCCUUGGACUGGACGGUGCCAACGAGAAAGGCUUGUACCGAAGGGGCGAAGCCCAGCUGCUCAUGAAUGAGUUUGAGUCAGCCAAAGGUGACUUCGAGAGAGUGCUGGAAGUGAAUCCUCAGAAUAAGGCCGCGAGACUGCAGAUCUCCGUGUGCCAGAAGAAGGCCAAGGAGCACAACGAGCGGGACCGCAGGGUGUACGCCAACAUGUUCAAGAAGUUUGCAGAGCAGGAUGCGAAGGAAGCGGCCAGCAAAGCAAUAAGCAAGAAGACUGUAGAAGGAGCGGCUGGUAAAAGACCCGAAAGUCAGGCCAUGGAAGAAGGGAAGGCCGAAGGCCAUGUAUGACGCCACGCCAAGGAGGGAAGAGAGUCCUGACGCCCUCGGCCCUCCUCGCUGGGCUCACACCCAGCUCAGGACUGAACAGUGUUUAGUGUAAGGUUUGUUACAGUCUCUGGGAUUCUGGAAGCAAAUGGCAAAACCAGUAGCUUCCCAAAAUAACCACCUGCUGCUGCCGGGGUGGGGUGGGAGGUCACGCCAGGAAGCAGACCAGAAAGGGCCGUUGGUGUGGAGACCAAGCCAGCGCUCAAGUCCAGUUCAUUUCAGUUUGUCCCCUUCAUUGUCCAACACGGCGUUUCUUGAGAUGAUCCUAAUGCCCCGGCUGCUGGGAGAGUUUCCAUCUGCCCUUCAGUAACACUGCAGGAACCUUUCAAAACCUAACUUGAUGAUCUCUGCUUUCCUACUGGGAGGCGAGGCAGGGGGUGGGAGGUGAGGUUCUGUUGGAAACUAACUCAAGUGCUGAGAACAGGAGCCCAAAGCGAGGGAUCCCCGGGUCCACAGCAGACUCGCAGACCCCUUGCCUACCUGUCCAGCGGCUUCCCGGGUCCCCUCUCAGACUCUUGAGUGUGGCUGUUUGUCAUACCCAGCUCAUCCCAGGGAGUCUGGCGGCAGGUGGGCGUCCCCGGGCUAGCCUUCCCUGAGAACGGCUUCUGUGUGGAGAACAGUUGGAGUGGCCUUGCUUUCCCCACUAUCCCUGCUCUUAGGAAUGAGUUGGCACUCAGUGCUUCAUGCUGGCAGCUGCUGCUCGGCCUCGUGUUUCUGCCUCGCUGUGAAGAGCCUGAGGCUCACUCUUGUCCUAGACGUGGAGUGGACUGAUGUCCAGAUCCAACUAAGACUGAUGUGGUCACUCCUUUUUUUUUAAAUUGCUUGUGAGCCUGUUAGCGCGCUAUGGAAGGAACUUCACACUCCUCUAUCAUGCAGAAACACUUUUUCACUUUUUGCUUUUUUGCUUAGGUUUUGAAAGGCAGAAUCUGCGAGGUUUGAAAGCAGGCAGUUCCUCUUAGAGUAAGGGUACCUGGAGGUGCUGCCCCCCGUUCUACAGCCUCUUCAUUCUGGUGUGGACUGUAAAGGAUGCUGGCUUCCCAUGCAGGUACAUCACACCAGACUCCAGUACUUGGGCUUUGGAUCAGGGCACGUGUUAAAUAGUCACAUAGUUGGAUUUUAGUCCUAUGGGUAAUAGAUGGGGUUGAGCAAGCCUUGCUUCUCCACAGCCAAGAAGCCCCCAAGGGGAUGCACCCAGCAGCCCAGGGAGCCGCUACCUAAGCCUGGAAACCUCGCUUUCCUAGCCCUAGGAACACUGGCAGUUGCGUAUAUGUGGGUUUUUAUUUUUAUGGUGGUUUUAAUAAAGCAAGUCUCAUCUUUAGGACCUUAAAAGCCUACAAGUCAA